GAUAAACACGCACACACCUUCAGCCCGCACAUUUAAAUCUCAACCGGACAAUUUCCGGCUCUUUAUAUUUGUUUAUUUUUCAUUCAGCCAUUACUAUUAUCAUGUCAGAGUCUGUGCCAAAUACAAAUGAGAAUUGCCAAAAUGCGCAUUAUCUCUCCAAGAAACCCACCGGAAACCCUGAAGUUGACAUGUACAGGCAGCACUUGGCGCGCUCCCCCUAUGAUGGCGAGGCAUGGUUUGGCCUGAUUCGUGCUGCUAGAUAUGCAAAUGAUGCCGAGCUGCUCUAUGACACUUAUGAGGAUGCACUGAGACAGUACCCGAGCUCUGGAAAUCUGCUCGCAGCCUUUGCCGAGUUUGAGCUCAGCCGUGGAAAUAAGGAGAGUGCAGAGGCCGUGUUUAACGGCAAUCUGUUUAAUGUGCCAUCAAUUGAACUAUGGAAGUGCUACCUCAACUAUGUCUUGCUAUCGAAUGUGGAUGAGCAAGGGAUGGUGACCCAGCCAGAGCGUAGAGCGACUGUAAUGGAGUGCUACAAGCUGGUGAUGGAAAACAUUGGAUGCGAUCGCGAGGCCGGGCAAAUAUGGACAGAUUAUAUUGCCUUUCUGAAUUCUGUGCAGCCUUAUGCACAGUACGAGGAGCAACAGAAAAACGAUCUGCUGCGUGAUGCCUACCGGUCGGCGGUGGCCACUCCUGUGAUGAAUGUCGAGGAGAUCUGGAAGAGCUACGACGCAUUCGAAAACAAGCUUGACCGCGCGGCUGCCAAGCAGCUGCUGUCGAGGGUUUCACCCUCCUAUAUGACGGCCCGCACGGCGCUGCGCGAAAUGAACAAGCUGUGGGACGCGAUCAACCGAUUCCAGUCGCCGCACGCCCUCCCGGCGCCCCCAGGAUGGAGCAGCCGCGAGGUCGACUACCUGGAGGCCUGGAAGAAAUAUCUCAAGUGGGAGAUGUCCAACCCACUGCGGCUGGACAGUGCUCUUAUGCUGCGCCGGCGAAUUACUUAUGCGUAUAACCAGGCGUGCAUGGCACUCAGGUUUUACCCUGAGGUGUGGAUCGAGUUUGCCGACUACCUGCAAACAUGCGAUCUACCCACCGAAGCCCUGGCAAAGCUGCAGGCCGCGAGCGAGGUACUCCCGUCCAGCAUGGCGGUGCAGCUUGCAUAUGCAGAGAUGGCUGAGAAGCAGAAACAGCCGACCAUUUGCAAGCAUGUCUACGAGCAGAUCGUAAGUUCGAAGCGCUCGGAGAUUGACUCGAUCUCCCAGAAAUACUCGCGCAAGAUAAAUAAGCUUGACAAGCAGCUCCAGCUUCUGGUUGCAAGCAAGGACACUGAAGAUGAUCAGGAGGCCAUGCAGGGCGUUGUGGAGGCUUCGGACGAUAUAAGCGAGAUUUCCUCCGACUCGGACAGUGAUGAUGACGGACAGGAGGGCGGCGAUAAGUUUUUAGACAAUGCGAGCGAGAUGUCGGGCCCCGAUCUAGGGCGUCCCUCGUCGUCCUUUGGAAUCUCCAUGGAUCACGAGGCACUUUCACCCACCGAGAAGGCACGCAAGGCGAUUGAGGGGCGCAUUGCCAAGAUCAAGGCCCGCAUGGAGAAUGGGCUCGACGAGAAGCGCGAGCUGUACACGCUGUCCUGGAUCAUGUACCUCCGAUACAUGCAGAGAUCUGAGGGCAUAGAUGCGGCGCGACAGCUGCUGCGCCGCCCUCGUAAGGACCCGGUGAGAUAUGUGACGCACCACCUCUACGUGGCCGCGGCGCUGAUGGAGUAUCAUGUUGCCAAGCGGCCUGGCGUUGCUGGCAAGCUGUUCGAGGUAUACUCCAAGGUAUAUCCGGACUCUCUCGAGUACAUCAUCGAGUACAUGAACUAUCUAAUCAACUCGGGUGACGACAACAAUGCGCGGGCGCUGUUCGAGCGGUUCCAGGGUACUAGCAUUGGUGAGUCAGGUCACCUGUGGUCGAUGGUAUCGGACUAUGAGUACAACUACGGUGAUAUGGGCGCGAUCGCCAAGCUCGACAAGCGGAUGAUCGACAAGUUUGAGCACGAGUCCGUGUUGACCAGGAUGGCAUCUCGCUACAGCUACCUGGAUGUCCGCAGCGUGGCUGAUAACGAGUUUGGCUUCCCGUACCGCAAGGACAUUCAGGGCGACGUGGCUGCCGAGAGCAUUGGCGCCCGGCGCUUUGCUGCGCCAAACGAGGAUUCUGGGUCGACGAUGGGAUCUGGCGCCGACUAUGGCAGAGGAGGUGCCAACGCUAACAACAAGCAGCUUGGCGAACGCGAGUCCGUCGGCGAGCAGCUGGGCGUGUCGGUCGGCACUGUCACCGGUCGCCACCUCAACAAGAACCAACUCCUGGCGCCGUGAACUCCAGCCGCUUCGUGAAACCUAUAGCUUCAGCACUCGAGGAGUAUGACCCGGUCAUCGAGCCGUAUGUUGCCUCCGAGGCGCAGCCGUACGUCGCGACGCCGACAUCGGCAGUCUCUGCGCGAUCUGAUGCCCAGG